AUGGACGUCAAGGAUCCCGACUUGCGUACUCAGUCCCACAGCCCCGAUGAUAUUCGGGAUGGAAUACGUUCGGAGCAUUCUUCUGAGAAGCAACCCACGACUUUCGGUGUGCCUAUAGCUGAGAUAACUCUCGCUCCAAUCGAUCACGGGUUCUCUGCAUGGGCAACUGUGGUCUCAUCUAGUAUUCUUGGCUUCUUCGUAUGGGGAUUCCCAAACUCUUCGGGUGCACUCCUCGCGGCGUACUUGCAGGAGCCACUCUACAGUUCACAGAAGCACGCAAUGUCCACCCUGCCGCUGAUUGGCACCCUCUCCACAGGUAUUUUGUAUUGCUCAGGAAUUGUUAUUUAUCCGCCAAUGUAUUAUUACCCGCGCCUUCGCAAGCCGUACCUGUGGUCUGGGGUUUUUAUUUGUUUUCCUAGCUUGCUCGGGGCAAGUUUUACCACGAACGUGACCCUGUUGAUCUUCCUGCAAGGAGUGAUCUAUUCAAUCGGCGCCUCUCUGGUCUACUACCCUAUCCUCUCGUACUUGUCCGAAUGGUUUGUGCAGCGCCGGGGCUUGGCAAGUGGGAUUGUUGUUGCAGCUGACAAUGCCGGCGGUGUUCUCUUUCCCAUCAUCAUACCGGCCCUAAUCUCGCGGUUCGGAAUCAUGUCAACAACGCGUAUCUACGCAGUCGUACUGGCAGUAUGCCUGUUGCCCGCGAUCCCGUUCAUGAAAGCGCGUCUUCCCGAAUCGCCCGUGCACGGUUCCACACUGCGCUCAGCGACACGUUCGUGGAUGCAUGACCGCAGGUUCUGGUUCUUCAUUGUGAUCAACACGCUCCAGGGCUUCGCACACUUCGUGCCUCUCAUUUGGCUGCCAACAUUUGCAACCUCGCUCGGCCUCACGACAAGUCAAGCAUCGUUGACGCUGACACUUUCCAAUGCCACCGCCAUCAUUGCCGGGUUCGCAGUGGGUUGGCUCAGCGAUCGGUGCAACAUCUGGGCGCUCGCGUUCUCAGUGUUGCUGCUCAGCUCGCUCGCAACACUCGUGCUGUGGGGUGUAACAUCGUUCUCGUUCGCCGGCGUCCUCGCGUAUGCCGCUGUGUACGGCAUUACCGCGGGUAGCUGGUCGAGUCUGUGGAGCGGAUUUGUGCGACCCAUCGCGCUAGGCGACCCAUCUGUUGCGACCACAAUAAUCAACUUCAUGAUGCUGAGUCGAGGGAUUGGGAAUAUCGCGUCUACGCCAAUUUCUACUGCCCUUCAGCAAGCGAAGCUUGUGGUUGUACUGGGCAGCGGCGCAACAAAGACUGGCUUCGCAGUCGAUGGCGGGCGGUACACUGCGGUCAUCGUCUAUACUGGGGCAUGUUUUGCGUGUGCGUCGGCUGUUACCAUUCUGGGCUGGUUUUUGGACAAGAGACGAGACAUGAAGCGAGCUGAUAAUGUACGCAGCAACUGA